ACAAGAGAAUGUAGAGACAGAAGGUGGCAAUGGCGAAAAUGAAGCACUUUGUUUUCGUUGAUGCAGCUUGCUUUGGAGAAUGGCCUUGGUUCAAAGUCAGGAUACCGCUCAAAGCAGCCGGUCACCUAAUUACUACAAUAGACUUGGGAACCACCGCGCUCAACGCCAAGAAUUUCAAUGACAUAUAUCCUCUUUCAGAUUUUAUUGAGCCACUGGUAAACUUCCUGGCCUCUCUAAAGGCCGGUGAUAAAGUCAUUCUUGUAGGCCACAGCUAUGGCGGGAUUAGCAUUGCUCUCGCCAUGGAAAAGUUUCCACAAUUAGUUUCUGUUGGAGUAUUUGUGUCCGCUUUAAUGCCUACUCACAAAUCUCCCCCAGGAGUCAUCAUAGAAGAAUAUUUGAACAGAACGCCAUUAGAAGACUGGAUGGAUUGCGAGUUAAAAUUUGACCAUGGAGUAGAUACAGUUCAAUCAUCUAUUCGCUUUGGUCCAGAAUACAUUAAAACCAAGGUUUGCAAGAACUGCACUGAAUCCAUUCUGGAGAUAGCAAAUCAAAAGGUUAGAACGACUAGGUUUUGCAAAGAAGAUUUUACUGAAAAAUUCCUGCUAACAAAGGAGAGGUACGGCUCCGUCGACCGGAUCUAUGUGAUGUGCGGGGAAGAUGAAGUGAUAAAGCCUGACUUCCAAUUGGAGAUGAUCGAGAAUGAGCCUCCCAAAGAAGUGAUUAUGAUUAAGGGAGCUGACCACAUGCCUAUGCUCUCUAAAAUUUCAGAGUUGAGCAAAAUCCUGGAAGAUGUUGCUGACAAAUAUUAAAGGUUUUUUUUUUUUUUUUAAAUUAAUAAAAAAACCGUGUUCCUUAGAUCGAUGUCUUUAAUGUUCAAGAUACCAUUCUUGCAUUGGAACUUCUGUAAAAUUCAUGAAUCUUAUACGAGUAUUUGUUGAA